AUGCAGACAACUAACAUCAACCUGGAGGCACCUCCUGAUGUCAGAUUUUGCUGUGGAUACUCCAAUGGACUGCUGGCACGUUGUCCACAUAUUUGCAAGACCCUCAAGCCAUGUGAACAGAUGAGGCUCGGGGUAGCCCUGGAGCUGGAUCCACCCUCUCCUGGAGGGUUGUCCAAAGGAUCUCGAUCUCCUAUUGCUCAGUACACCUUGCCCAGGUGUACCAGACUUUAUUAUUCUCUGCUAAAAGAAAUCCUCGACUGUAUAAGCAAGAACCUGCCCGAAAGCUGGGCGAAAGGGGCGGUGGGGCCCGCGGAGCCCCUCACUCACCCGGGCCGGCCGCCGAGCCGCUCCCCGCCGCGCUGCUGGGCCAGAUCCAACCUGUACCAAACCAACCUGCUUCGAGAUGGUGUGCGGAGGUACCUGCAGCUGCCAGCAGACCAGACGGUACUGAUACUGCACGCCAAAGUCGCACAGAAGUCCUAUGGCAAUGAAAAAAGGUUUUUCUGCCCCCCACCUUGCGUUUACCUGAGCGGACCAGGAUGGAAGUUAAAGCAAGACCAGAUAAAAGCCAGGGACCUGGGAGAGGCGGGUUUUCGGGUGUGCGGGUACAUGGGGCUGGACAGCAUGGGCAGCAGCCUGAUGGAGACCCAGAAGCUCAGCUUUGAGGAGCAGCCAGACGCAAAGGGCUUCGGCUGUGCCAAGGCACUGUACAUCUCGGACGCGGACAAGCGCAAACAUUUCCGCCUGGUCCUGAAGCUCUUCUUCAGCAAUGGGCAGGAGAUCGGCACCUUCCACAGCAAGCUGAUCAAGGUCAUCUCCAAGCCCUCACAGAAGAAGCAGUCGCUGAAGAACACGGACCUCUGCAUCUCCUCGGGCUCCAAAGUCUCCCUCUUCAACCGCCUGCGCUCCCAGACCGUCAGCACCCGCUACCUCUCUGUUGAGGGGGGAGCCUUCAUCGCCAGCGCCAGGCAGUGGGCAGCCUUCACCCUCCACCUGGCCAACGAGUGCUGCACCCGGAGUGAGUUCCCCCUGCGGGAAGGGUAUAUCCGCUACGGUUCAGUGGUCCAGCUGGUCUGCACGGCCACCGGCAUCACCCUGCCUCCCCUGGUAAGCCUCCAUCCCUGCGGGGGUCAGGCACAUGGUCCUGGCCGCUCUGUGGCUCAGCAACGGGUACCAUCCCUGGGCUGCUGCUGCCCGCAGAUCAUCCGGAAGGUGAUGAAGCAGUACGCCAUGCUGGACGUGGAUGAGCCCAUCUCCCAGCUCCACAAAUGUGCCUUCCAGUUCCAGGGCAGCGACCACAUGUACCUGUGUCUCUCCACAGAGAAAGUGAUCCAGUUCCAGGCGUCUCCCUGUCCGAAGGAAGCCAACCGGGAGCUGCUGAACGAUGGCUCCUGCUGGACCAUCAUCGGCACUGAGACGGUGGAGUACACCUUCAGCGAGAGCCUGGCCUGCAUCCACAAGCCCGUCAGCCCCGUGCCCCUCGUCACUGCCCUGCAGCUCACGGGUGGCGGGGACGUGGCCAUGCUGGAGGUGCACGGGGAGUACUUCCAUGCACACCUCAAGGUGUGGUUCGGAGACGUGGAAGCAGAGACGAUGUACAGGAGCCCCAAGUCACUCGUGUGUGUCGUCCCUGACGUCUCUGCCUUUGGCAGUGACUGGAGGUGGCUGCGAUACCCCAUCGCAGUCCCGCUCCUGCUGAUCAGGGAUGAUGGCCUCAUCUACUCCAGCUCGUUCACAUUCACCUACACCCCCGAGCAGAGCUUCAUUCCAGGGCAGCAGGUCCUCUCGGAUGUUCCCCAGGGCUCAGACAAACUGCUUGACAGCAUCCAUCAGGAAUUCACCAGGACCAACUUCCACCUCUUCAUGCAGAGCUAGCAAGCUGGCUGGGCAGAAGCUUGGCCUCACCUCCAGCUCCAGAGAAGGGCUGAUCCAUCCACCCCAUCCAGGGCUCAGGGUGAUCCUGGCAGAGGGUCCUGCCCACACAUCGAACGCCUGCCAUGUUACCGUGAUUUGCUGACUUGUCUCUUCUUCACGGCAGCAUCUCACCCUGCUGAGAUCUUACGCGAGAGCAUCAAUAAAUCAGGCUUGAAGGACUCGUUACUGAUUCAAUCGCUUCCUUACUAACCUUCACAAUUUACCUCCCAUGCUGGCACAGAGCAUCACAGCUCCCUUGAUAUCCUCAGUCCAUAUAUUCAAAGGCCAGGAGGGAUAGGGAUGAUGCAUGAAUUUGACCUUAAGUGUUAUUGACCUAUACACCAGGAAUCCCUGCAUCGCUUCUGCGCUUUUCAGUAAUGAGGAGCUGAUUUCCAGCAGCCAAAUACCCGGCACCAGAUGUUUUGGUUUUUUAUUGGAGGCCCAGACGGGGUCAUUUCAAAACGAAAAGGGAAAAAGAGAGUGUGAAACCCAGCUCCUUCCUAGCUGGCGUGGCUCUGCUGAGCUCUGUUGUUUUACACACUUAUACACACACAGAAAUUGCAGCGCUGGCAUCAGCAGGAAACUGCUGAUGUAAAGAUUCCAUAACAAGAAGCCAGGUUUCUUGGAGCCAGACCUGAGUGUUAUGCAGAGUGGGUCUUACAGCUUUAUUUAGUCUUCAGAUCUCCGUGGCAUCAAAAGACCUAUGGUGUACCUGGAAACCUGCUGGUUUCGAAACAACCCAACUGCCAAACCCACAGAGGUGUUCAACCCACCCUGAACUCGGUGGUGGCAGGGGAGCAGGGGGAGCACGGUGCGCCACAACCCACAGCACCCCAGGCGUGCGGAGCACCCAGACCCACACGCAGGCCUCAUCACCCAGCUUACCUGUGUGUUUUGUGUGAUCCAGCAUGUUUUGGACACCAGCACCACACAGAUCGACAGCCCCGGUGUGCAUCCCCUGCCACGCUGCACCUCCACAUGCUGGACCCGGGGCUGCAGGGCACUGAUGGCCUCACCACCCAGUGUGGAGAUGCACAGUGAUGCCCGGUGUCUUAGCCACCUCCUACAGCUUGUGCAUGGCCCUGGAUCCUGUGGGAGCACAAGAGCUUUGGGUCUCCAGGGUCCUAACCCAGGGACUUCUCAGAGGGCAGCGCCUACCUAACCUCCACCAGGAGAUGGGGUUCCUUCUUGCCCAGAACCUCACAGAGGGUGAAAAGCUGUUAGCAGACACAUCUGUGUGCAUCUGGAGCUGCAGCUGCUGGAGGAAAAAAUCAGGGAGAAUAUUACAGUGCAUGCCAACAGCCAAGGGCUGGCAGAGGAAAGGGCUGGAGGACAGAGGAAGGGUAACCAUGUGAAGACCUGCAGGAGCUUCAAAAGGAAACAAGUCCCUCAAGCAGGAGGCAGGUGUUGGGGGCAGUGGUACAAGACCUUACUGCUCCCAUUCCUCGCAAAUGCUUGAGCAUCUUAUACAGGUGCUGAGGGCAGCAGGGGCUUCCCCUUUGCAAGCACCUGCUUGGGCCAUGCCAUCGGCCCAUGCUUACCAUCCCCUACACUCACCUCCCCAGCAAAUCCACCCUGGCCUUAAUGUAACCGAGGAUGAGAUCGCUUUUAACCAACAAAAGAAAAGCUUUUAACGGAGGAUCCCUCGUAUCUCCCCCAAAAGCAUUUCCUCUCUCAUGUCCUUGGGGAAGAGCUGGAGGGCAGUGAAAGGACGGGGCCAAGCCUCUCCGCCUGCAUCCCACACAGCAGUGUCUGGAGGCCGUGGGCUUCUCAGCCCACUGCCCUCCCUCAGAGUCCGGGGCAUAAUUCACUUUUUAUGAAUGGAAAGCACCCUCAGCUAUAUUUAGCAGCAGCCUGGUCCUGAAGGGCAGGAGAAGCACUGCUUGUUGACUUCAAGGGCUUGGAACAAGCCUGCCUUGUUAUGUUUACGGCGCAGAGCUUUGCUGGAGAGGCCAAGAAAGCACCGAGUGGCUCGUUCUUGAAGCCUGAUGGAUUAAGCAAACGGCCACAGUAAUUCAAGCCACAUGGGGAAAGAGAAGAGGCGGCGGCGGGUGGGCUGGGGGCCUUGAGGGGCUCCUGCCUUCCCCCAACCAGCCAUGGUUCAAUCUGCUUUUCACAGCAGGACCUGCAAAUGGAAAAUAAGAUCUUUGCAGCUCCUGGAGGAGACACUUCCCUGCCAUGGGGAACAUAUGCUCCACGUUGCAGUGGAGGAGCUGGUAGCAUCGGCAAAGCUGUUUAUUUGCAUAAUCACCGAUUAACACAAACGUCUCGGACAGGCGCCAGCCAUCCCGUUGUAUGUUCUCGCUCGCUUGCGAGUCGGCAGCGCCUGUCUGCCAAAUCCUGCAAUAAUCCAGCACGUGCCGGGGAAACACGCACGGACCGUCCCGCCAGCUCGGGAGAACUGGGCUGCCUGCUCGGAGCUGGGCUGCCCGGCACAGCCUGUCUGGCAGCUCCUGGCUGUGUCUCUGAAUCGUACGUGGAGCUUUUCCCCAUCCCCAAAGCAGUCAGAAACACUGGUAUAAAAUGAAGCACGAAAAAACCUUCACGUCACUUCAAGAGCUGGGGAUUUAGGAAAAGCGUCAAAUGCUUUAGGGAUGCUGAGAAUAACUUAAGCUAUGUGCAUCCAUGGCAACGCGUGAGCAUCCCCAGGCAAUGGUGAGGCUUGAAGGCAACGGGGAUCCCCCGCUCCCACCGGGCUGGGGUGCAGCUGGGGCUGCCCGGAGCCCCACCACAUCGAGGAGCCAUUUCAGGUCCCAGAGGUGAGCGUACCUUCAGAAACAUCAGGAGGGAAUGGGCUUCGCUCCACGGAACGGCAUCCCAGAGGAACAUGAAGUCCGGGCCCGGUCUGUCCCCCGCUGUGCCUGGGCUGUGCCGCGGGUCGGGCCGUUUGGAAGAAGAGUUGCUGCCAUCUAGUGAGCCCAGGCACCGCCGCCCCGCCUGCCGAGCGCCCCCGCACCCACCACACCGCCUGCCCCCGAGCCGCCCAGAGGCUCGGGCUGGGUGCUGGGGGUCCCCUGGGCAUCUCUGGCCGUCCCCUGGGGGACGUUUUCUGCCCAGUUCAGAGGGUUUGGCUGGUUUUUUUCAACAGUCAUUGCACUGCAUUUUGCCCUAAGCCGUAAUACAGCCGGUUUCCUGGUGGGUUGGCUGAGUGUUUUUCAGAGAGCAGGGGGGACAGCCAUGGUACACACAGGGUGCAGGAACGUCCCUUCCCUGCUCACCCACCCAAAUCCAGCCUGGUCACACUGUUCUGGGCACCAAGGUGACCAGCAGGCUGGCUGUUUGUAGGGCAAUUUGCAACCACACCUGCAGAAAGGCCAGAAAAACUCCAGUUAAAGGAGGUUUUGCACACACACACCCCUGAGCACAAGGGGUGGGCAGAGAGGGGGGAGAUGACCAGGGGGCUGUAAGGAAUGGGGCUGUUCCGUACCAGCCUUGGCAAGGGCAGCCCAGGGCAGGUCUCUGUGCUGCACCGUGGCUUUGUCACCUCCCCAACAUGAACAUGGUCAGGGUCCCCUUGGAGGAGCACAGGGCUGUGGGCGAGCAUUGCUGGGGACCCCACGUCAGGGUGAGUGGCUGCAGCCAGUGCUGGAGGCAGUGGGCAAGCAGGGCCACCCCCUCUGGAGCAGCGUGUCCCCCCCAGCCCUAAGCCCUUCGCCUGGGGCUGUCCUGUUCCCAGGCAGAGCCUCUGGGCAGUCCGGAGGGCCCACGGCCCACCCUGCUUGGUGUAAACGUCUGUAUCACCAGCUCUCGAGAAUGGAGGAUGUGGGCAUGCUGCUCUGCCCACCAGCCAGGGGAAAGGGGCAGAGAAAAACCCCUUUCUUGGAAAUGUGGUGCUCCUGCGGCUGGUACAGUGUACAAAUGGGACUCAGCCACAAGGGGCCAGUUAGUGCAUCAUAGCCAAAGAAUCCCACUCCCUACCAAGCCCCCACACUGGUCCCAGCCCUAUCUGCAGACCCUAGUUGGGGUCCCAUUACCCCGAGCAUCCCUCCAGUGGCACCCCUGGCCCCAGUGCAGCGCAGCCCUCUGGAUGGGGCCAUAGGUUUGGGCAGUGCCCAGAAAACCUGUGCUGACUUUACCCUUUUUCUGAGAGAACUAUAUAUAACCCAGCUGGGCAGCUGGAUGCAAAACUACUUCGGGGCCAAAAUAAGCUGAGCUGGGUUGUGGAGGAAUUGCAAUUACCUGCUCAAGAAACUCCAAGUGCAUCAGGAACUGCCCAGGCAUGCAGCUCCACUGGC